CCAGGAUGAUCGAGGAAGGUGGGAAUAAGCGGAAGACCAUGGCAGAGAAGAGGCAGCUGUUUAUAGAAAUGCGUGCUCAGAAUUUUGAUGUGAUACGACUAUCAACUUACAGAACAGCCUGCAAAUUACGAUUUGUACAAAAAAGAUGUAACCUUCAUCUUGUUGAUAUCUGGAACAUGAUUGAAGCCUUCCGAGACAAUGGCCUUAAUACACUGGACCAUAGCACUGAGAUCAGUGUGUCCCGCCUCGAAACGGUCAUCUCCUCCAUCUACUAUCAGUUGAACAAGCGCCUUCCUUCUACUCACCAAAUCAGCGUGGAGCAGUCCAUCAGUCUCCUCCUCAACUUCAUGAUUGCUGCGUAUGACAGUGAGGGCCGAGGCAAGUUGACGGUAUUUUCAGUUAAAGCUAUGUUAGCAACAAUGUGUGGUGGAAAAAUGCUGGACAAAUUAAGAUAUAUUUUCUCCCAGAUGUCAGAUUCCAAUGGCUUAAUGAUAUUUAGCAAGUUUGACCAGUUUCUGAAGGAGGUUCUGAAGCUCCCAACUGCUGUCUUUGAAGGGCCAUCUUUUGGUUACACAGAACACUCGGUCCGCACCUGUUUUCCACAGCAGAAGAAGAUAAUGCUGAACAUGUUCUUAGAUACAAUGAUGGCUGAUCCUCCCCCGCAGUGCCUUGUCUGGCUACCUCUCAUGCACAGGCUUGCCCAUGUGGAGAAUGUCUUUCAUCCUGUGGAGUGUUCCUAUUGCCACUCGGAGAGCAUGAUGGGCUUCCGGUACAGAUGCCAGCAGUGCCACAACUACCAGCUCUGCCAGAACUGCUUCUGGCGUGGCCAUGCCAGUGGCCCGCACAGCAACCAGCACCAGAUGAAGGAGCAUUCCUCUUGGAAAUCCCCUGCAAAGAAGCUGAGCCAUGCAAUUAGUAAAUCUUUGGGGUGCGUACCCUCCAGAGAACCCCCACAUCCUGUUUUUCCUGAGCAGCCAGAGAAACCACUUGACCUUGCACAUAUAGUCCCUCCUCGCCCUCUGACUAAUAUGAAUGACACCAUGGUUAGCCACAUAUCCUCCGGAGUGCCCACUCCUACCAAGAGGUUACAGUAUAGCCAGGACAUGCCCAGUCCCCUGGCCGAUGAGCAUGCGCUGAUAGCCUCCUAUGUGGCCCGCCUGCAGCACUGCACACGUGUUCUGGACAGUCCUAGCCGACUGGACGAGGAACAUCGGCUCAUCGCUCGUUAUGCUGCCCGACUGGCUGCAGAAGCAGGAAACAUGACUCGCCCUCCCACUGAUGUGAGCUUUAAUUUCGAUGCCAACAAGCAACAGAGACAGCUUAUUGCAGAACUAGAAAACAAGAACAGAGAGAUCCUGCAGGAGAUCCAGCGUCUACGUCUGGAGCACGAGCAGGCGUCCCAGCCCACGCCCGAGAAGGCCCAGCAGAACCCCACGCUGCUGGCAGAGCUGCGGCUGCUGAGGCAGAGGAAAGAUGAGCUGGAGCAGAGGAUGUCGGCACUGCAGGAGAGCAGGCGGGAGCUGAUGGUCCAGCUGGAGGGGCUGAUGAAGCUGCUCAAGGCUCAGGCCUCAGGGUCCCCACACACAUCGCCCACUCACGGAAGCAGUCGCCCCAUGCCCAUGCCGGUCCGCUCCACAUCUGCCGGCUCCACCCCCACGCACUGCCCACAGGACUCUCUGAGCGGAGUUGGGGGAGACGUGCAGGAGGCCUUCGCGCAAGGAACCAGGAGAAACCUCCGCAAUGACCUGCUGGUGGCUGCUGACUCCAUCACCAACACCAUGUCAUCCCUAGUGAAGGAGCUCCAUUCAGCAGAGGAAGGUACAGAGGAAGAAGAAGAGAAGAUGCAGAAUGGGAAAGACAGAGGUUAGCAGAGGAGCGGGACACAGGACGCGCGGGCCCAGAAGACAGAGGAGCAAGCUGGCACAACCAGACGAAGGGAAGGUCUGCCCCCAGAGGCACAUUCCUAUCCAUCUAUCCACUGCACACCUGGACUGGGCUUGCAGGCUGCCAGACGUCACUCCGCAGCCAGAGAGAGGGGAGCCAGGCUGGUGGGAAGUGGGGAGGGACGGCCGAGAGCCACAGCUGGUGGGCCUUCCCCUCCACAGCCCUGCAUGUACUAGCUGCUUCCUUCCUCCCCUCAGGGCAUGGUUCAUCUCUGCAUCAGGAAUUUACCAGGAGAUUCAAAAAAAAAAGAAAAGGAAAAGCAC